AGGGUUCUUCCGGGUGGCUUGCUGCACGUUUGUUUUGGAGUGCAGGCGGGAAUAGUCCUUUCUGUCCUGCUUUGAGUACUGCUGUUGGGUGCUGUGGGGGACCUUAAGCAAGCUCCGUACUUGAGACAUGGAUUGAAUGGUUUUCUGCUUCCUGCUUUGAGCGCUGCUGUUGGGUGCUGUGAGGGGACCUCAAGUAAGCUCCGUUUUUGAAACAUGGAUGCAGUGACUUAUGAUGAUGUGCAUGUGAACUUCACUGGGGAAGAGUGGGAUUUGCUGGAUUCUUCCCAGAAAAGUCUCUAUGAAGAGGUGAUGUUGGAGACCUACCAGAACAUCACUGCUAUAGGCUACAAUUGGCAAGACCAUCAUAUUGAAGAACAUUGUCAAAGUUCUAGAAGACAUGAAAGGCAUGAAAGAAGUCAUAUUGGAGAGAAACCCUAUGAACAUAAUCAAUGUGGUAAAACCUUUGCAUGUUACAAUCAUCUCCAAAUACAUAAGAGAACACAUACCGGACAGAAACCUUAUGAAUGUAAUCAAUGUGGUAAAGCCUUUUCACAACAGAGUAGUCUCCAAUAUCAUAAAAGAACACAUACUGGAGAGAAAACAUGUGAAUGUAAUCAAUGCGGUAAAGCUUUUGUAAGACCCAGUCAACUCCAUACACAUAAAAGAACACAUUCUGGAGAGAAACCCUAUGAAUGUAAUCAGUGUGGUAGAGCCUUUGCAUAUCACAGUAAUCUCCAAUAUCAUAAAAGAACACAUACUGGAGAGAAACCUUAUGAAUGUAAUCAAUGUGGUAAAGCCUUUGCAGUUCAGUAUAGUCUCCAACAUCAUAAAAGAACACAUACUGGAGAAAAAUGUUAUGAAUGUAAUCAAUGUGGUAAAGCCUUUGCAUUUCAGUAUAGUCUCCAAUAUCAUAAAAGAAUACAUACUGGAGAGAAACCUUAUCAAUGUAAUCAAUGUGGUAAAGCCUUUGCACAUCACACUAGUCUCCAAUAUCAUAAAAUAAAGCAUACUGGAGAGAAACCUUGUGUAUGCACUCAAUGUGGUAAAGCUUUUGCAAGACCUAGUCAACUCCAAAACCAUAAAAGAACACAUACUGGAGAGAAACCUCAUGAGUGUAAUCAAUGUGGUAAAGCCUUUGCAGUUCAGUAUAAUCUCCAAAAGCAUAAAAGAAUACAUACUGGAGAGAAACCUUAUCAAUGUAAUCAAUGUGAUAAAGCCUUUUCACAAAAUAGUAGUCUUCAAUAUCAUAAAAGAACACAUACUGGAGAGAAACCUUAUCAAUGUAAUCAAUGUGGUAAAGCCUUUGCAGCGCACUAUAGUCUUCAAAUACAUAAAAGAAUACAUACUAGAGAGAAACCUUAUCAAUGUAGUCAAUGUGGUAAAGCUUUUGCACAUCACACUAAUCUCCAAAGACAUAAAAGAACAUAUACUGGACAGAAACCUUAUGAAUGUAAUCAAUGUGGUAAAGCAUUUAAAAGUCACAGUCAUCUACAGCAACAUAAAAGAACACAUAGUGGAGAGAAACCCUAUGAAUGUUAUCAAUGUGGUAAAGCCUUUGCACGUCACAAUCAUCUACAAAUACAUAAGAGAGCACAUACUGGAGAGAAACCUUAUGAAUGUAAUCAAUGUGGUAAAGCCUUUGCUUGUCACAGUCGUCUCCAAAGACAUAAAAGAACACAUACUGGAGAGAAACCUUAUGAAUGUAAUCAAUGUGGGAAAGCUUUUGCACGUCACAGUCAUCUCCAAAGACACGAAAAAACACAUAAUGCAGAGAAAUCCUAUGAAUGUAAUCAAUGUGGUAAAGCCUUUUCACAACAGAAUAAUCUCCAAUAUCAUAAGAGAAGACAUACUGGAGAGAAACCUUAUCAGUGUAAUCAAUGUGGUAAAGCUUUUGCAUUUUACAAUAGUCUCCAGUAUCAUAAAAGAACACAUACUGGAGAGAAACCUUAUGAAUGUAAUCAAUGUGGUAAAGCUUUUGCAUUUAAGUAUAGUCUCCAAAAACAUACAAGAAUACAUACUGGAGAGAAACCUUAUCAAUGUGAUCAAUGUGGUAAAGCCUUUUCACAUGUUAUUCGUCUCCAAUAUCAUAAAAGAACACAUACUGGAGAGAAACCUUAUGAGUGUAAUCAAUGUGGUAAAGCCUUUGCAUUUCACAAUAGUCUCCAAAAACAUAAAAGAAUACAUACUGGAGAGAAACCUUAUCAAUGUAAUCAAUGUGGUAAAGCCUUUUCACAACAGAAUAGUCUCCAAUAUCAUAAAAAAACACAUACUGGAGAGAAACCUUAUGAGUGUAAUCAAUGUGGUAAAGCCUUUGCAUGUCAUAAUAGUCUCCAAAAACAUAAAAGAACACAUACUGGAGAGAAACCGUAUCAAUGUAAUCAAUGUGAUAAAGCCUUUGCACAUCACAAUAGUCUCCAAUAUCAUAAAAGAACACAUACUGGAGAGAAACCUUAUGAAUGCAAUCAAUGUGGUAAAGCUUUUGCAAGUCACACUCAUCUCCAAGUACAUAAAGGAACAUAUACUGGACAGAAAUCUUAUGAAUGUAAUCAAUGUGGUAAAGCAUUUGCAACUCACAGUCAUCUACAGUGACAUAAAAGAACACAGAGGAGAGAAACCUGGUUAUUGUUUNCAUAUUGACAUAAGGAGAUACAAGUAUGUAUCAAAUUGACCAUGGAUGGAUUGUGACUGCUACUCUUGGUUUUCAAUAUAAGAUCUAAAAUGGAAAGCAUAGGUUCAGGCAUGGUGAUACAUGCCCUUGAACCCUAGGAAAUGAGUAUCAAGCAGAUCUCUGAGUUCAAGUCCAUCCUGAUACAGAACAAGUUUCAGGUAAAGAAAAGCUUAGGUCUAGGCCUGUGGAUACAGAGCCUUGCA